CAAGGGGAAAAGGUAGCAGAGGUUUCAUCGAACGUCACCGGGGAUAGGAAGGGCUGCUUUUAAUACAUUUUAAGAAGAGAAGAAAAUAGGACAAAUAUGCGUCACUGUUCGGGACUGAUCUGAAUUUUGAAUCAUUUUCGGGGGAAGUUAUUUGGAGAGAAGAACGAAGGCGCAGUUGUUUAAGGAAACCCAGGGAAUUAAAAAUCAGAUUUGAGAGUUGCAUUUGUGUGCUAAUUACCCUGUCCCAAACGAGAAGGCUUCCGCGCACAACAGAUUUGGAUUAACGUUCAUUGAUGUAGUAAGUGGUGAUGUCUUGAGGCAGUCUCCCAUCCGGCCUAGUGAAGGACGUGCGAGGUCAAGUGACUGCUAAUGGGAACCCCUGUGACACCAUGAGUGCUCGUGAUGGCGGCCACGGCGGCGGGAUCGGUGGCGUGGGCACGCUGGGCAGGCGAGGACGCUACGAGGACUCUGAGUUCACCCUGCGCAUCUAUCCGGGCUCCCUGGCCGAGGGCACCAUUUACUGCCCCGUCAGCGCCCGCAAAAGCACCACGGCCGCCGAGGCCAUCGAGCGCUGCCUGGAGCGCCUGCGUCUGGACCGUGACCGCUGCUACGUGCUGGCCGAGGUCAAGGAAUUUGGCGGGGAAGAAUGGAUCCUGAACCCCAGCGACUGCCCCGUCCAACGGAUGAUGCUGUGGCCCCGCGGGGCUCUAGAGCAGCGCUCGGCCUCGGGCGGCGGGGAGGACUACCGCUUCCUGCUGCGGCAGAAGAAUCUGGAUGGCUCCAUCCACUACGGCGGCAGCCUGCAGAUGUGGCUGCGUGUGACCGAGGAGCGCCGGCGCAUGACGGAGCGUGGCCUGUUGCCACAGGAGGAGGUCAGGGGUGACCACGCCGACUUGUGCUGCCUGCCGGAGCUCACCGAGCGCUCGCUGCUGGACAACCUACGCUCGCGCUUCCGCCAGGAGAGGAUUUACACCUACGUUGGCAGCAUCCUCAUCGUCAUUAACCCCUUCCAGUUCCUCCCCAUCUAUAACCCUAAGUACGUCAAGAUGUACGACAACCACGCUCUGGGAGACCUGGAGCCGCACAUCUACGCCGUGGCGGACGUGGCCUACCACGCCAUGCUGCAGCGGAGGAGGAACCAGUGCAUCGUCAUCUCUGGAGAGAGCGGCUCGGGAAAGACCCAGAGCACCAACUUCCUGAUUCACCACCUGACUGCCCUCAGCCAGAAGGGAUUCGCCAGCGGGGUGGAGCAGAUCAUUCUGGGGGCGGGGCCAGUGUUGGAGGCAUUUGGGAAUGCAAAAACUGCCCACAACAACAACUCGAGUCGCUUUGGCAAGUUCAUCCAAGUGAAUUACCAGGAGAGUGGCACUGUCCGAGGAGCCUAUGUGGAGAAGUACCUUCUGGAGAAAUCAAGACUGGUCUACCAGGAACACAAUGAACGGAACUACCAUGUGUUUUACUACCUGCUGGCAGGAGCAAGUGAGGAGGAGAGGAGCACCUUUCACCUCAAAAAGCCUGAAGAAUAUCAUUACCUCAACCAGAUGACAAAGAAAGUCCUGAGACUGCACUGGGAGAAUUACUAUGAGAGCGAAGCGGACUGCUUCACAGUGGAAGGGGAGGACCUGAAGCAUGACUUUGAGAGACUGCAGCUGGCCAUGGAGAUGGUGGGAUUCCUGCCUGCCACGCGCAAACAGAUAUUUUCUCUGUUGUCGGCCAUUCUUCACCUGGGGAACAUCCGCUACAAGAAGAAGACCUACCGAGAUGACUCCAUUGACAUCUGCAAUCCAGAAGUCCUACCUACUGUCUCAGAACUGUUAGAGGUCAAGGAGGAGAUGCUAUUUGAAGCCCUGACGACGAGGAAGACCAUGACAGUGGGAGAGAGGCUGAUCGUGCCCUACAAACUGGCUGAGGCGGGCACGGUGCGAGACUCCAUGGCCAAGUCCCUGUACAGCGCACUGUUUGACUGGAUUGUGUUCCGGAUCAACCACGCACUGCUCAACAACCGGGACUUGGAGGAGAGCGCCAAGAUCUUUUCCAUCGGAGUGCUGGACAUCUUUGGCUUUGAGGACUACGAAAACAACAGCUUUGAGCAGUUCUGCAUCAACUUCGCUAACGAGAGGCUCCAACACUACUUCAAUCAGCACAUCUUUAAGCUUGAGCAGGAGGAGUACAGGGCGGAGGGCAUCAGCUGGCACAACAUUGACUACAUCGACAACACAGGCUGCAUCAAUCUCAUCAGUAAGAAGCCCACUGCGCUGCUCCACCUGCUGGAUGAGGAGUCCAACUUCCCCCAGGCCUCUAACCAGACUCUGCUGGACAAGUUCACCCAGGACAGCAUGAGGGCAACGGACUACAUUGAGUUCCCCGCCGUCAUGGAGCCCGCCUUCAUCAUCCGCCACUGCGGCAAGGUCAAAUACUGGGGGGUCAAGGACUUCCGGGAGAAGAAUACGGACCAUAUGCGUCCGGACAUCGUGGCCCUACUGAAGAGCAGCAAAAACGCCUUCGUCUGUGGCCUGAUGGGCAUCCGGUCCCCCCAGCCACCUUCCGCUGGGCUGUCCCUCAGAGCCUGGGUCUUCAGAGCCAUGGUGGCUUUCAGGGAGUCUGGGAAGAGACACGUUCACAGGAAGACUGGGCAUGAUGCCGCUGCUCCCUGUGCAGUUUUGUGCAGUGUGGAUAGUUUUAGCUUUCUGCAUCACCCUGUGCAUCAGAGAAGUUUAGAGAUCCUGCAGAGGUGCAAAGAGGAGAAGUACAGUGUGGUCAGAAAGAGUCUACGAACACCACUGUCGGACCUGCAGGGCAGCAACACGCUCAACGAGAAAUCUCCACGGGAUGGUGUGGGCUGGAAUGGGCGUGGUGGGCGUCAGAGCCGCCUGUCAUCCAGCGGGUCCAACACGGAAGAGGACGGAGGAAUUUUUGUCAACUCCACCAGCAGCAAGCUCCUGGAGAGAGCCCACGGCAUCCUCAUGAGAAACAAAAACUACAAAUCAAAGCCCAGUCUUCCAAAGCACUUGCUUGACGUCAAGUCCCUAAAGUAUCUCAGCAACCUGACGCUGCACGACCGCAUCACCAAGUCCCUCCUCCACCUCCACAAGAAGAAGAAACCACCCAGUAUCAGUGCUCAGUUCCAGGCCUCUCUCAAUAAGCUGAUGGAGACUCUGGGCCAAUCAGAGCCCUACUUUGUCAAAUGCAUCCGUUCUAAUGCAGAGAAGCUGCCCCUGCGCUUCAACGAGGGCCUGGUGCUCAGGCAGCUCCGCUACACGGGUAUGCUGGAGACCGUGCGCAUCCGCCAGUCAGGCUACAGCAUCAAGUACACCUUCCAGGUGUUCCUGCGGGAGGUGGAGCGUCAGCGACUGCAGGCGUUGCUUCACAGGGAGGUCCUGAACCGUAUCGUCACUCUGCAGCGCCGCUUCAGGGCCCUGCUGGAGAGGAAACACUUCACCAGGAUGAGACUGGCUGCCACAACUAUCCAGAAAUGGUGGCGUGCCUACCAGUCCAAGCAGGAGGAUGACUGCGACCCAAGCAUCCAGGAGGGGGCAGCCUUGUGCAUCCAGACAGCUUGGCGGGGGUACAAGGAGCGCUGGAGGUUCGGGCUGUGGCGGGAGGCGGCCCUGCUGCUGCAGAGGGAGUGGAGGGUGUUGCUGAAUCGGCGAGAACGGGAGGGGGCGGCACUCGCCAUCCAGACAGCCUGGCGCUGCCACAUGGCCAGAGAGGCCUACCUGCGACUGCGUGGCACCAUGACGCUGCUACAGGCAGUGGGCAAAGGCUACCUGGCCAGAAAGAGCUUCGGGCAUUUGAAGGAGCAGAGACUGAGGGAGAAAGAGCAGAGGCUGAGAGAGAGAGAGAGUCAACAACAGCAGCAGCUGCUGCAGAAUGGACAGACGCGCCUCUCGCCAGAAGAAGACGAUCUGCCAGUGAGGAUCAUGGGCCUGGACCUGAGCACAUGGGAGGACCGCUCAUACAAGGAGCGGGAAAGGAGCCUCCAGAGACUGAACAGCCAGGAGGAGAGGGUAAAAGAGGGACGAGGUGUAGAAAUAGGGAGUGAGGGAGGAGUGGCGAGGGCCGCAGAGAGCUCAGGUAGGGCCCAGUCGGAACCACCGCCAGUUUCGUCGACAGCCGCUGUGGUGGUGAGAGAGAGGACCAGAACCCUGGACGAGCCCUGCCAGAGGACCACCAGGGCCAAGAGGGAGAGCCGGAGGAUGAGGGAGCUGGAACAGGCCAAGUUCAGCCUGGAGCUGCUCAAGGUGCGGGCCACAGGCAGUGGUGGGGCCUCGUCACCCUCUGAAGAGAGGCGCUGGUCGGCCGAGCUGGCCUCCACCACCACCCCUCCUCGCCGCUCCCCCCAGGGACCCGGAACCCCCGACAGCCAGAGCUCCAAGGGCAGCUUCGAGCUACUCAGCAUGGAUGACGAGAUACUCAGGGAGAGUGCACCUUUGGCGGAUGAGGAGGAGCUUGGUUCCCCCCUCUCUUCUGAAGUGCAGCUGGAGCAGGCCCCGGAGGUCAGCCUCGUGUCGAAGGAGCCUCCCAGGGCUUCUGUGUCCGAUGACGCCUCCUCACCUCCAAACAGUCAGAGUCAGGCCAAGCUAGAACCGGCUGCUGCCUCUCCACCUCCGCCCAAGAUAGAGAACUACCUCCCUACCUUUUACGUCCCGUCAACUGAUGGCAGCUUGGUCAUCACCCAUCGUCUUGGCGAUGACUCUUCGCGACCCCUCGAGGCCGAUACCACUAGUACCACCAUCGUCACCAAGCAGCUCAAGUCAAUCAAACAAAGGCGGGAAUUGUCACGGCAACCUGUGGUUGUGGUCAUCAGCAUGCAGAAGGAAACCCCCCUGGAUCAGGAGGAGCUCAGUGGUGCCGUUGUUCGUCUUCCCCCUGUAGAGGUUCGUGACGGGUCGGCACAAACCGGCGAAUCCCCUUCAUCGCCACAGCUACCAGUCCCUGCACCCGUUCCACCACUAGAUCCCGCCCCAGUCAUUCCCAUCUCUGGCCCCACCCCUGUCCCGGCUGCCAACCAGUUGGUCCUGGAGAAGCUGGAACGACUGAACGAGGAAAAGGAGGAGAGGCAGCGGCACCUACAGCAGCAGAACGAGCGGGAGAUGAUGGACCAGAUCCGGAAGCAGAAGGAGGUUCUGGAGAGACAGCGGCACCACUUCGCCCAGCACGAGAGGGAACUGUUGGAGAAGCAGAGGGGUGAGGCCCUGGUCAGGAUCCAGCAGAGCCGGCAGGGAGGGCCCCCCCAAGACAGGAGUGCAACCGCAGCUACCAGGCCCCUUAGACCCAGCUCCCUUCUCAUCGAGAGAGCCCCGGCUCUGGCUCCACCCUCCAGGACCCAGUCUGUGUCCGCUGCCCACGCAUACCUCUCUCCUCCUGGGCCGAUGGACACCCAGAGUGUCCCCAUUCCCCAUCCUGAGCCCAACAAGGCCCAGCCCAGCAAGGCCCAGCCCAACCAGGCCCGGCUUCCUCCACCUCCCUCAGCCCCCAGAACAAAGACCAGGGAUGGGAGACCCAUUGCGGAUGGCUGGGCGCCAAAUUUGACCCUGGAGUCCAGAGAGGGCGGGGGAGGAGGAGCCAGAGGGAGGGUUCCCAAGAAGGCCCCAGCUCAUCAGGGCACCAGCAUCAGCAUGACUGACAUGUCGGAAAACAUCUUCUUUGCGCCCAAAGACAGAGUGGCGUUCUCUAAGUUUGACAAGGAGAAGCCUGUCAAUCAAGAGAAGCCUGUAGCAGUCCCAAAAGAGGGCCCCUCCUCAAGCACCAAGCCCACCAUAGGACUGAAAACACAGGAGGUCAGCAGGGCGGGCCACAGAAAGAGAGCCCGCAUGGCUCGGACACGCUCUGACUUUCUGACCCGCACGCCGACCUCCUCGCUGGGGGGCGAGUCGGAGGAGGACGAGUACGACGGAAAGCCCCCCCUCUCCUCCCCUCCCCCCUACUCCCCAACCAUCCCUAAACAGGAUUCCUUUGAGUGUUUCAGUGACUCAGAGAUGCCUUCCACCAGCUCUGAGGAACAGAAGAAGAUACAUAAGGCCAUGUCAUCUGGAGAUCUGGCCAAAGUUGACACGAUACGCAAGAACGCCCAGUCAGAUGGAAGGGUUCGUGGUAAGAUGCGUUUCUGGGGCAAGACGAAGCAGGGUGAGAAGAAGUCGUCCAGAGAGAAGCUGUUCUGUGGAGGUGACUCCAUGGAUGCAGAUGACGGAGACACGGGGCCACUGCUAGGAGAAGCAGGACAGGAUUACAUGUCACCGCCUCGUAGUCCAGACCUGACCCUGGAGCGGGGGGCCAAGGAGUUCAAGGAGAACAAGGAGCCCUCGCCAAAAGUGAAGAGGCGGCGUAGCGUCAAGAUUAGCAGUGUUGCCCUAGAGCCUGCCCAGUGGGGGAACGAUGCACUGCAGAUCCUCACCUGCACCAACGACUACAGGAGCAUGAACGACUUCCUCAUGAAGAAGAUCAGUGACCUGGUGGCUGAGGACGGCGGUAAGAAAGACACAAUGGUGGACGUGGUGUUUAAAAAGGCCUUGAAGGAGUUCCGCCUCAAUAUCUUCAACUCCUACUCUACUGCUCUAGCGGUUAGUACAAUGAAGAGUAUCCGUUAGGACCUAUACGCCCUGUUCGAGCAGAUCCUGAGCCUGGAGCAGAGGGACUAGCAGGUCUGGGUCAACAUGAUCUUUCUGGAUGAGAUCUCUGUUAUAUUUGGUUGUCUUACCCAGCAGGUCCCCAAAACCGAGCGAAAGAAGAGGAGGAAAAAGGAUGCCGAUAUUGUGGAGGAACACAAUGGCCACAUCUUCAAGGCCACCCAGUACAGUAUCCCCACCUACUGCGAGUACUGCUCGUCUCUCAUCUGGAUGAUGGACAGGGCCUGCGUCUGCAAAUUGUGUCGCUACGCCUGCCACAGAAAGUGCUGCCUGAAGUUGACCACCAAAUGCAGCAAAAAGUACGACCCAGAGCUGUCGUCCAGGCAGUUUGGGGUGGAGGUGUCCCGUCUGACCAACGAGGAGAGGACAGUGCCCCUGGUGGUGGAGAAGCUCAUCAACUACAUUGAGAUGCACGGCCUCUACACCGAGGGCAUCUACAGGAAGUCCGGCUCCACCAAUAAGAUCAAAGAGCUCAAGCAGGGACUGGACACAGACGUGAACAGCAUGAACCUGGAUGACUACAACAUCCAUGUUAUCGCUAGUGUCUUCAAGCAGUGGCUCCGGGACUUACCCAAUCCGCUUAUGACCUUUGAACUAUACGAGGAGUUCCUCCGCGCCAUGUGCCUGCAGGACAAGAAGGAGGUGAUUCGAGGGGUCUACUCUAUUAUCGACCAGCUCAGUAGAACUCACCUCAACACUCUGGAACGGCUCUUCUUCCACCUAGUUAGGAUUGCAGGGCAGGAGGACACCAACCGUAUGUCGGCCAACGCCAUAGCCAUUGUCUUCGCCCCCUGCAUCCUCCGCUGCCCCGACACCAUCGACCCCCUGCAGAGUGUCCAGGACAUCGGCAAGACCACAGCGUGUGUGGAGCUCAUCAUCGGAGAGCAGAUGAAUAAGUACUGCGCCCGGCUAAAGGACAUCAACAGUCUGGAGUUUGCAGAGAACAAAGCCAAGUGCAGAUUGACCCUCAUUCGGAGAUCAAUGGGCAAGGGCCACGUACGGCGGUUCAGCUACCACACGCCCUCGCCCCCAGUUAGCCCACGCCUGCCGUCCGUGACGGGUGCAGUGAUGCAGGAGAGCGGCGGUGAGGAGGUGGGGGCGGGGCAGGAGCCUGAGGUAUCGGAGCACCAGCAGUUGGCCAUGCAGCAGGAGGAGAGGGUGCUGACGGAGCAGAUCGAGAGCCUGCAGAAAGAGAAGGAGGAGCUAACCUUUGAGAUGCUGACUUUGGAGCAGCGAGCAUCAGACGAUGAGACCCUGGAGUCGGAGGCGUCCAUCGGCACGGCCGACAGCUCUGAGAACCUCAACGUGGACUCUGAAGGAGCCACCUCCGACUUCUCCGGUCCCUCGGAGAGAGAACCCACGCUGGCCCCCGUCGCCCGAACCAAGAGGUCGGAGGGGAAGAGCCACCGACGCCGCAACCUACGCAGGCAACCAGACUCCCAGGACUCAGUGGACUCCUGUUCUACCAUCUCCUCCCUCUCUUCCUCCUCCCACUUCCACCCGUCCUCUUCCUCCUCUGUGGCCACAGCUCGCCACUUUCGCUACCGCUCAAAAUCGCCCUCUUCUGGCUCUGGCUCUGCCCAGGGCUUGUACCUGACCCAGCCUCCCCACCGCGACAGCUUGGACUGUCCCCCCCCAGCCAAACAGGAGGGGGCGUUCGAAGAGAGGUCACAGUUCACCAGCCGAGGCACCUUCAACCCGGAAAAGGGCAAACAGAAACUGAAAGGAUCCAAGAACUCACCCUUGAGGCACUCCCAUGACAGUGGGGGCCGCAGCAGGGAUCCGCCUGACUUACCCCAGCAGCGGGUUUUGUAUGGCAGCAAUGAGUUCAUGGUAUGAAGGACAGUGGGAACACCUCCUUCGUCACAGCCCACUCUCCCUAAGAGCAUGCGAUCUGACCCCCUUCCUCAAACACUCCAGCUCACCCUUUCUCAGUCCACAUCCGCAACGAUGCAGAACUGUCCCCCCAAGUGCCAUGUACACACUGUGUGUCCACCUCAGAGACAGGAGAGGGACAGGCUGGGAGUGGGAGAGGAGGAACCAGUAGAAAGUUGAUCUCCUUAACUGCCAACCACACUCCCCAUGGUCCCUCUGCAGGUCUGGGCCUCCCUCAGCCCAGGGGAGAGGGGACGUGUGGAGCAGGAAGGCAGAGAAAAGGGAAUGCUGGGACACUGGGAGAGGACUACUCAGCCUCCGGGAUCUCCCGAGCUGACGUCCCAAUGCAAACUAGGAGGUGGAACGAGGCUAGAAGAUGGGAAACCAAAAACCUACCGAGCCAUUGACAGUGCUGCCGUGUCCAUGAACUUGAGAUCUCAAUCAUUGGCUGCUUUAAAGUUUACAGUUAAAAACAAUCAAUGUCAGCAGUGGUUCCUCUAUUAUUACAAAUGUAUUUUUCCCUUAAGCCUAUUUAAUAAAUUUUUAAUUUCAUGGAAAGUAUAAAUCUAUAUAACUAUAUUAUAAAGGUAUAAAUACUGUACAAAGCCGGAACACCAGUAACUGCUGGGGAGUUGAAGUCAAAUAUUUAUCUUUUUCUUGAGGAUCUUGGGCAGAGAUGUAUGGUAUUGGACAAAGGCUGUGUACGUGUUUGAGUGUCAAUUUGUGUGCGUGUGUGUAUGAGAAGACCACUUGAUGUGUUUUUAUGUUUGUGCUGCUUCGUUCCUCUCCUGAGGGAAAUACGGCCGUGAAAGGGACCAAGUUAACUGGUGUGUAUUCUAGCCAAGGGGAUCCCAGCUCUGUAAAGAAUGGCGGAUGUGUAUAAAAUCACUGCAUUCACAGCUUAACAGCCAUACAACAAUUAGAAUGUACAGUACAAUAUGUAUUGGACAAAUACCAUUCUCCUUGCUCUGGAUACAUGUUACCCCCAAAUCCUUGUCUUCCUGAGAUAUCAGUGUUGGAUUCAAUAGCAACCAAACAAGGACAUGCACUUUCUUGUCUUCUGUCAUUAUUCGUAACAGUUCUUGUUUUUUUAUGGAUGUAUUAGUUUAACAUUUUUAUUGGGAUAGUUUUGUGGCGCUGUCAUGUUGGACAGUCAGCUGUUUUUCAGUCAACAGUCAAAAGUCCCCUUUCAGUUUAAAACAUGCUUUUUGUAACACUAAAUCACUAUCAGCUAUCAGAGACUAAAAUAUUUAAAAAAUAUAUUUUUUUAAACGAUAUUCAAACACUUCACAGUUCUAGUGUUUGAGGGGGAAAGUGACAAAAGGCCUCAUACCUACAGUGUAAGGAAAAGUUGUUAGUUAUACAGUACCAGUCAAACGUUUGGACACACCUACUCAUUCAAGGGUUUUUUCUUUAUUUUUACUAUUUUCUACAUUGUAGAAUGAUAGUGAAGACAUAAACUAUGAAAUAACAUACUGAAUCAUGUAGUAACCAAAAAAGUGUUAAGCAAAUCAAAAUAUAUUUUAGAUUCAUCAAAGUAGCCACCCUUUGCCUUGAUGACAGCUUUGCGCACUCUUGGUAUUCUCUCAACCUGGAAUGCAUUUCAAUUAACAGGUGUGCCUUGUUAAAAGUUAAUUUGUGGAAUUUCUAUCCUUCUUAAGCCAAUCAGUUGUGUUGUGACAAGGACAGCUCAUUAUGACAAGAACAGCUCAAAUAAGCAAAGAGAAACGAUGGUCCAUCAUUACUUUAAGACAUGAAGGUCGGUCAAUCCGGAAAAUUUCAAUAACGUGUUAUUUCAUAGUUUGGAUGUCUUCACUAUUAUUUACAAUGCAGAAAAUAGUACAAAUGAAAACAACCCUGGAUGAGUAGGUGUGUCCAGACAUUGGUACUGGUACUGUAGUUGUACCAAACAAUAUUUUUCUUAUACUGCAUGGUACAGGCAUGAGCUUUAAUUCAGAGGUUCAAAAUCAGAUUUGCAUUUGUCAUACAAAAGGAAGACCUUGGCACAGCUCACACAUCGCAUACGCAAAACAUAUUAUUAUUAAUUAAGGUUGAUUACACGAGUGCAGUGUACAUGAUCAUCGAGCAGUAGAAUAAAGUAUUGUUAUUAAUAAAUAUAAUAUAUGCCA